UAGGAAAAAAAGACCUCAAAAGAUAAUAUUGACAAAAACUACAAUAGAAAAUAGAAAACAAGAAAAAUAAGAACAGAUAAUAGACUGACUGACCAAAAAAAAUAAAUAAAUAAAUAAAAUGAAUAAAUAAAUAAAUAAAUAAAAAACAAGGAAAGACAAAAGAAAGAUGAAUAAUUAGUGAGAAUAUUCCAUUUAACUUUAUUUACAAGUGUUGCUGAAUGUAUAACAAACUAAAACACACGACUUCAAUCAAUAUAAACUAAAAAAAAAAAAAAUGUAAAAAAAAUGGGUAAAUAAGAAAGAAAAAAAACAUAGAUAUAAACAAAAUCUCAAAAUACACAACUUUAUACAAAUUAAGAAAUAAAAAAAUGCAUAAAUAAAUGAAAAAAAAAAGAAAAACAUUCAUAUAAACACAAAAAUUUCUUUCCCUCAUUAUGAAAAAUUUGGGAGUGAGAAUAAGAAAGAGGAAAAACUGACGAUUAAAUUUAUUCUUCCAAUUAAUCAAGUUCUGUUUCUCCUAACGCGUUGCAAUAUUUUAUCUUAUUUGUUUAUUUAUUUAUUUAUUUAUUUAUGUAUUUUCUUUUUUACUCUAAGAUGUAGCAGCAGUGAUGUGGUUGGCGAUGAGGUGAUGUGCUCUCCUCGUACCUCGUCUGGACUGGAACAUGAAUAGAACAAGAUAGUAACUUAAAAUGUGACUAAAGACAAGACGCUCAUAGGAAAACAAAACAAAACAAAACAAAAAGAAAAGAAAAAAGAACUAAUAGACGGAACAUAACAGAAAACUGAAAUAGGGACAGAGAAAUAUAAGGCAAAGAAAAAUAAUAAGGAAAGGAUUAAAGGCAAGAAGUUCAUGAAUAAAAGAAAGGAAAAGAAAAAUAACAAAAAAGAAAAUUAUUAGACGGAACAUAAUAGGAAACUGAAAUAGGGAGACAGAAAUAAGGCAAAAAAUAAAUAAAUAAAUAAAUGAAUAAAUAAAAGAUUGAAUAAAGUAAAAUUGAAAUAAAAUGUGCUAGGAAAUUAAAAGCAAGACUGAAGACAUUCAUGGAAAAAGGAAAAAUAUAAAAGCAAAAGUAGCACAAAAAAUAUAGAUAAAAAGGAAAGAAAAAAAAUAGACAUAGAAAUAUAAGGAAAGAUAAAGAAUAAAAAGAAUAAAGAGAUACACAAAUAAAUCAAUGUGUAAAGAGAUAAAUAGGUAAAUAAAACAAAUAAAAAACAAACAAACAAACAUACCAAGCAACCAACCAACCAAUAAACCAAACAGCCACCAAACACACAAACAAACAAACAAACAAAACAAACAAAACAAAAGAGAAAACACACACAAAAAAAACGAAAAGAACAAACGAAAAACAAACACCAAAACAGUUAAAAAAAAUAGCUAAAACACCCACAACACCACACCACCACCACCACCACCACCAUGUACGGGGUCCUGGGAGCACUGGAAGGGAAGCAAACACUCAGAUUCCGACAGGUGGAGAAGAAGAAGCGACCCUCACGAGCCAGGAGAUGCUGCAGAAAAUUUAGCGUCUGGUGCAGAAAUUGGUGUAACAAGACGAACAAGACGCUACUAGUCCUUGGAGCAACUCUGGGCCUUCCUGCCUUCUAUAUGACUCUCUGGCUGCUCCUCUCACCUGGUUUGUCCACUCUCGCUGCCCACUUCCACCCCGCCUCCUGCACCGUCGCCUCCAGUGUGGUUCUCGAGGGGAUUAACAACUGUUCCUGGAGUUCGUGUCGGCAAGGGUGCACGUUGAGUGAGCUGUACCUCUGUUGGCAGGUGUUUGUCUUUGUGCAGGUGUUGUACGAGAAUCAGUCCUCUCCGGCCCGUCGGCGCAGGGAUGUGGAGGAUGUGAGGCCUCUACCUGUCCCUGUUACACCUGUCCCUGGCAAUUCUGUAUCUCCUGUCACACCUGUCUCUGUAAACCCAGUCUCCCUUCCCACACCUGUCGAUAUUGUCUCUCCUAUUACACCUGUCACAUCCGCCAGUCCUAUCACACCUGUCAAUUCUGUUAAAUCUAUCUCCUCUGUCUCUGUCACGCCUGUCAUUUCUUCCUCCUCUGCUACACCUGUCUCUUUCACCUCACCUGUACCUGAUUCCGCCCCUGUCCCCUCACUCAGCUUGAUGAAGAACCAGUCAAGGGAACAGGUGAAGAAAGGUGAAGGAACGGUCUUAUCUGUCACCUCUGAUUCCUUAAUGCGUAACCAGUCAGAGAAACAGGUGAAGGACGGUGGAGAUAAAUUGACUCUUUCACCUGUCACCUCACCUCCACCCAAGAAGAACCAGUCUAGAGGAGAACAGGUGAAGAGGAGUGAGAAUUCUACAAUCUCACCUGAUUCCUUUACGAAAAAACAAUCAAAGGAACAGGUAAAGGAGAAAGGUGAGGAUAGAUUAACUUCCUCACCUGUCACCUUACCUCCUCCUAAGAAGAACCAGUCAAGGGAAGAACAGGUGAAUGGAAAUAAGGAUAAUCUUACACCCUCACCUGUUUCCUCACGUGUUUCCCCUCCUGUUCUCCCAUCUGCGACACCUACAACUCUUUCAAAAUCUACCACAACUGUUUCCACACUUACCACACCUGUCACACCUUCCACACCUUCCACUUUCACUCCACAGUCUCAGGAACCCCAAACUAACACUAAGGAACCUGACGACGACCUGAAUCCAGACGAAAUGGGGUUCCUCCUGCCGAAGGGACCUGGCUCACUCACACGCCUGCGUAUAAACGUGGAGGGUUGUGGCUACGAUUCGUGUGACACCUGGUGGCAGCAGUACGGGCGUCUGGGCAGCACUUACACCUGUUACCUGAGCGCUGACGGGAGCAUAGCAGUACCUGAAGUGGAUCUGGAGGAGGCGAAAACGAAGGUAGUACUGGGAAUGCUGCCUUUAGUACUCAUGACUGUCGCUGUGGUGGUUCUGUACGUGUUCUACUGGCCCAAGAAAAGUAACAGACGCAAGGACAACCCGAAGAAGGUGCAGGAGGUGAAGUGGGAGCAAGCGCGUCAUCUGAUCCUAAAGCAAAUUGAGAAGAAGAACAAGCCCAUGCAGUUUGAUCCUUUACUGGUGAAGGAGGCGCUGCGCAGCAACCAGGUGGCGCCGAGUACCUUGGCGGUGAAGGGCGGGAAGAAGAGGUAGAGGGAGGAGGAGGAGGAGAAGUAGAUGGUGCUAGAAUUAUUGUUAUUAUUAUUCCCAUUACAGUUACUACUACUACUGCUACUACUACUACUACUACUACUACUACUACUACUACUUAACGAUUCCUUUUCCUCUCCAAAACCAUUUAAUCCAAACAUAUAUAUGUACCAAAAUAAAAUAACUCGUUGCACAGUCAUCCUUUUCUUCACCUUCCAAAAUUAUCAAUAUGGUUCGUAUUCUCAGACACUUUUGCUCCACACCUUCACUUCUUUCAAAAGACUCUAGUUGAAGUUACACAGGUUUUCAAGGUUAUUUUUUUAAUGAUUCCAACGACAAAUUAACAAGUUUUCUACAUUAUUAAUAAGAGAAACACUCUUGAGAACCCUUUUAAUCAUCUCUGUGGCCUUUGAAAAUAGUGGUAGAUAGCAAAGUGUUUCUGAAUAAUGGCCCAGGACUCCUAAAGGAUACGAAGGAUAAGUAACACGCAGUAGGACAACGUAGCCCUUUUAUUCAAAGUGUAUAAUGUAUGUGAGGAUUCCUCUGAAGGACUGUCUGUCUGGACUGUGGCGUCACACAAGGGGGCGCCACACCCACCACACUCGCCUCACCCAAGGAAGCAUGGAACCUCCUUGGCCUCACCAGCCCCUCAGUCACCCCUUGGCAGCCGCACGGGGGGAUGUGACAAGACUCUCCAUCGGGAUAAACACACACACACACUUGACUCUCCAUAAACACACCUUGGCGCGAUGCUGGAUAGUAAACAAGUAAACAGAACAGGUAUUUCACUCCGCCAGGUAUCGUUUCUCUACCCGGUACUUUUUUUUUUUUUUUUCAAAGUACGAGAGUUUUGCGAAGGUACGAUAGUCUUGUAUGUAUGGUAGUCCGCCGGUACAGCUGUCCGCAGGGUGGUGGAGGCCUCAGUUGGUGUCUGUGUGUUAAGGGGGUCAUACACGCCCUCCCAGGGUUCCAAGGGCGGCGUGGGACCUCGAGAAGGCGUGGCAAUGUUACAGGACUCCCGCGAGGUAAGGAUUUGAAGGAGUGAGAAACAAAAGAUAAAAGAAAACAAGAGUUAGGUUCAAAUAAUUCAGGAAGAAACAGUAGAAGGAAGUAGGAAGGAAGAAGAUAUGUUUGUUUCGAAUCAACCGCGAGCUGGAAAUGCUGCGUCGAGGUUCACUAGUGCUUCGAACUAAGGGUUUAAUUAAAAGUUGACUCAGCGACACGGUGAAGCUGCUGCGAAGUGAGCCAUUGAAUCAGUCUAAGUGAAGCAACGAAUCACUUCAUAAAAUCUAAAUACUAAUAAUCUAACCUACUGAUUAAGAUGAUUGUUACUGCUUCGGGAUUCAGUGAUGCGUGAAGCGUUUCAUUGGCGUGUGUCGAACCCCUGAAGGAUUUGAGGGCAAGAUAGUGUUUUCCCAGCCACGGUGCCUGCAGAAGUGGCCGAAAAUCCCUGCCAAACCCUUCCAAUAUUGAUCUUUAAUGAUGUAAUAAUUUGUAACCAAUUAUCUCAAGGUCACAUUCCCUCUUUGACUCCCCAGCCUAAGGGAGCGUGACCUUGACCUCGCCCCAGCUAAGGUCAGGAAGGGUCAGAGGGAAGGUCACACCGCAGGCACCCCAGCCCUCAAUCCUCUGUUCCUCCUUUGUGUUUGUUUGUGUGUUUGUAUUGUCCACUUGGUUAUCAUUCAUGCUUUUCUUCCUUCCUUUUACGUUCAGCUUUCAUAACAUUCGUUCCUCUUUUUUUUUUAUCAUCUUAUCAUCUUGUUAGUUUGUUUUCAGCAUCAUUCGUUCCUCUUCUUUUUAUCUUGUUAGUUCAUUUUCAUCCCUUUCAGUAAUAAUUUCUCUCUCUCCCUCUUGCCAUUUUCUUCUUUUUCACCCCUGUUCUCUCAUUCUGUCACUCUACGUUCCCUUUACAUUUUCAUCAUCUCGUUCUCCGUAAAAUAUUAAUUGUUAUGAUGAGUGAAGAGAAUGCUGGCGUUAUGCUGCGAGUAGGUGUGUAUGCUGAGAUUAAUGCUGAGGUUGUGAUGUCUAACUAUGAACUACAGGACGGAUAGUUAGGUAGUGUAAUAGUUGUUAGGAGAAGUUAUAGUUAUUGGUAUUAAGAAGCAGAGAUUGUUGGUAUUACUGGUGUUGUUGUUAUUAAUGUUGUUCUGGGUAUCUAUGUUAUAUAAGUGAUGGAAAAAAAAGUAUAGAUGUAGGUAGAUUUAAGAAUUAAGGCUUUCACAGCAUGGUACCAACACACACACACACACACACACACACAUACACACACACGUAUAGAUCAUGUCAUGUGCACAGCCAUGUAUGUACGUAUGUAAAGUAAGUAUGAAUUGUGCUGGAGGAGACAUGAGCGGGGCUUGACACACCCACACACCACACACGCAUGCACACACGCACACAUACACACACGCACAGGGAAGCUACGAGUGCGCGCGCGGGCUACAGAAUCACUAAUAAGCCUGAGUGUACAACAAAUGGUUUAUUCCAAUCUUCUACAUGGAAAUUCUCAAAAAGCAGAUACACGACACAGCCAAAAGAAAACGACCUCCCUACUCCCUACUACUGCCCGACGCUGAAGUGGUUGAGUCCCGGCAGAAAACGGAGAUAGAAAACGGAGAAAGAAAACGUAAAUAGGGGGCGGAGGAACCUGUAUACGGCUAAAUAAUCUGGCGUUGGAGGAAAAAUGGAGGAAAAAAAAGUAGAUAAAGAAAAUAAAUAGAUAAUAAUAUAAUAUAUUCUAUCCAGAUGGUGUGCCUGUGAUAGUGAUUAACAGUGAAUAAUUAACUUCAUCAUCAUCAUCAUCAUCGUCAGCUUCAAUAUAUUCUAUUUCUUUAUUAUACCUUACUUAAAUUUCUUAGAUUAGCGAAUGAUUGAGAAGGAGAUAAGGUAAGUGUAUAUAUACGUAUAUGUAUGUAUAUAUAUAGGAUCAAUUUUGCCUUGCUUCGAAUGACGAGAGAACACGUGGAGUAGGAGGAGGAGUGGAGAAGUAGUCAGAUGAAGGAAGACUCUAUACAAAAUAAGCGCAAUGCUCAGAAACGUGAAUAAAUGAAGGAAUAGAUAAGACGAAGAAAAGAAAUUAAGAAAGUACCCCUGAAAAAAAAAGAGUUAAAGAAAUAGAAAAAAGGAAAAGAAAAAAUAUAGAAAAUAGACCAAUCAAUAUAGAGGCACUAAGAAAAAGACGAAGAAGAAUACCAGGAAAAAGAACCAAGAGAAAGCAACAUCACGGAAGAAGAGAAGAGAAAACGGAGUGCGGGGCAGGACGCUUAUUCCUGGGUGACGGUCUCCUUCACGAUGACGGUCUCUCCGCCGGGCAAGGUGGUGGUCUGGCUGGUGACGAGGGUGCGGUGCUUGGCGCGGAUCAUGCACAGGUUGCUCUCAGCCACCUCUGCCCUCUCCUCGGCGGCCUCCAGCUCCCUCUGGAACCUGCGCACGCGGGUCAGGUUUGCAGAGGACACGGACUCC